UGGAGGUUGUGCGCAAUUGGCUGAGUCAAAGCUUUAUUGGAGACUCCGCCCCUGAGCUUGACAAGCCUGGCCCCGCGCUGUCAGCCACAGUUACGUGUUGCUUUAAGUCCCAGCGGACGGAGUUUACUCCGACAAACACCAACCAAAAACUGGAGAGGACCUGCGGCACCAAAAAGAGACGGGGAGCACAUUUUUCCAAAGAGGCGUGAGCCAGCUGCGGACACUGUGGAUAAAAUAACACCACAGGCAGAGGUUUCCAGUGUCAAACUCGACUUGAUGUGCAGGAGAAGAGAGGAAUUUAAGUCAGAAGAAGAAAACCCGUAAAGCAUUAGUCUCCUACUGUACAUGGACACUGUGAAGAUCUCGUAAAAGGACAAAUAUUUCUGUAUCCUUUCCCUGGAUAUCGAUCGACUCUUCAAAAAAAAAAAAAAAAGCGCGCUACAGAGAGUUAUAGAGAUGGAUGUGGCGGCUGAUCAGCCCCGAUGGAUGCAUCACCACGCCGUGCUGAACGGACAACACCCGGACUCUCACCAUCCCGGCCUGGGGCACAACUACAUGGAGCCCACGGCUCAGCUGCUGCCUCCGGAUGAGGUGGAUGUUUUCUUUAAUCACCUGGACUCACAAGGAAACCCGUACUACCACAACUCUGCCAGGGCCAGAGUGUCCUACAGCCAAGCGCACGCUCGUCUGACGGGGACUCAGGUUUGCCGGCCUCAUCUCAUUCACAGCCCGGGGAUUUCAUGGCUGGACGGUGGGAAAGCAGCCCUGUCGGCUCACCACCACAACGCCUGGGCCGUGAGCCCCUUCAGCAAGCCCAGCCUGCACCACCCGGGCUCCGCGUCCCCCGGCGGCCUCUCCGCCGUCUAUCCGUGCAGCAGCAACUCAAACACGGUCUCCGCAUCCUCGUUAACGCCGCCGUCCCACUCCAGCCCCCAUCUGUACCCUUUCCCCCCAACACCACCAAAGGACGUAUCGCCGGACCCGGGGGCCGCGUCUCCCUCGUCCUCCGCCACCAGAAUGGACGAGAAGGAAUCUAUCAAAUACCACAGUUCGUUACCGGAGGGGAUGAAGAUGGAGGGUUCAAGUCCACUGAGGAGCAGCUUGGCCUCCAUGAGCGCUCAGACGCCCUCCACCCACCACCCCAUACCGACAUAUCCCAGCUACUCUCUGCCAGCGGCCCACGAGUACGGCGGCAGUCUGUUUCACCCCGGCAGCCUGCUGGGAGCUUCAUCCAGCUUCAGCCACAAGAACAAAGGCAAGACACGGUCCUGCACCGAGGGCCGCGAGUGUGUAAACUGUGGAGCCACCUCUACACCUCUGUGGAGACGUGACAGCACCGGACACUACCUGUGCAACGCCUGCGGGCUCUACCACAAGAUGAACGGCCAGAACAGACCGCUCAUUAAACCCAAACGCAGACUGUCUGCUGCCAGACGAGCAGGCACCUGUUGUGCUAACUGUCAGACGACCACCACCACACUCUGGAGGCGCAAUGCAAAUGGAGACCCGGUGUGCAACGCCUGCGGCCUCUACUAUAAACUGCAUAACGUGAACCGGCCUCUGACCAUGAAAAAGGAGGGAAUACAGACACGCAACCGGAAAAUGUCCAAUAAAUCCAAAAAGACCAAGCGGGGCAGCGACUGCUAUGAGGAGUAUUCCAAAAGCAUGCACGACAAGAGCUCUACCUUUAGCGCUGCCUCCCUGGCCGGACACAUGUCCAUGGGCCACUUGCCACCUUUCAGCCAUGCUGGACACAUGCUUCCCACGCCCACCCCGAUACACCCUUCCUUUGGCCACCCGCACCACUCUAACAUGGUGACGGCUAUGGGUUGAGAGGGGAGUUGGGGAACCUAUAAGAUGGUUAUAUGAAGGGGGAUGAGGGUCUCACUAAAGGACAGUGUUGUGAUGUUUAAGACAUGCAGUUUGUGUGUCUUCAUCUUGAUUGUCUCUUGAUUGAUUAUGCCAAUGGUUUGUUGGAGAACAGAUGUGUUGUGGGAGGAAAGGACCUUUUUACUCCUUAUCUAUAGGUACCGAUUUUGAUGGAGGAAGACAGAGAGAGAGAUUCUGCCUCCUGUCUGCAAGGCACACACAUGUAAACACAAAAAAAUGUCAUUGCACCUCAGAUUUACUCCAACAGUCCACACUGACGGCAUGACUGCAGUGUGGUUCAGUAUGUGCCGAACAGGUUUAUAAUAACUGUGAAUAUUGUAAAUAUGUGAGACUGAAGGGGACGUCCC